AAGAAAAGUGGUGAAGAAAAUUACUUAAAAGUAACUUUUAAAGCCACAAUCUUUGGCUUAAUUUAGAAAUUACUAUAAAGUAAAUUUAAAUUUAUUUUAUACUUAGCUAAACAUGCUUUUAGUUGUUUGCUCUACAUUUUCUUGGGCCAUACAGAAAAUUGUGACGGAUUUUAUUGUGGAACUGUGUCAACCUUUGGCUUUCUAUCAAGUUCGAUACAAGACAUGGAUUACAUUGAUCUGUGCCUAAAAUGUCAACAAUUUUUUGUAGGAUCUUAACUAAAACAGAAUUUAAUAAAAUAACAUGUGAAAUACUGUUAUCCAUGUUUUCAUUGCUCCAGUUCAGAAGGAAUCAGUGCAAGGUCUUUGGCUUAUAAACUAGGGAUUCUGCAUCAGCUUGAUUAGUAGAGAAGAGGGAAUGGCAUUGAGGAGCAAUUAGCAUAUGUUCAGUUCAGUUACCACUCACAGAUUAGCCCACGGCAAAUCUGUGGAGGAUGCAAAUUUGAUGCUUGUUUACUGCCAUAUUAUCUACUCACUAAAGAGCUGUUGAUAUUUCUUGUGUACUGGGAACUGAGUGAAAGAAUCCAAUACUUGUGUUUUUCCUUUUUGACUCAUUGCAUAUCUCAUAGUUACUUUGACAUGAAAGCUGGAGCCAAAGAAUCAAACUUUUAAAUGUAUUUUGAGGAUUUCUUAGAGAUGAUUGUUCGACCUAAGGAUCAUUGCUAAACAAGGUCCUUUUUCUCAAUAAAGGUGUGAUACUAUCUGGAAAGUGGGUUAUGUUUAACUGGUUAAUCUUUUUUGGCAUUGCCAAAUGAAUGCUCUCUUGUAUGUGAUAAAGACUGUUGAUUUUUACUUUUUAAAUCUCUUUCCAUUUAUUUCGUGCAUCAUAAUGUUAGAUGAUGGUUACCUUUUGACCAUUCCAUUUUUCUGCCUUUAUGGUUGUGGACAAACAGGGUUUUAGAAAAGUUGAUCCAGACCGCUGGGAGUUUGCAAAUGAGGGAUUCCUAAGAGGGAAAAAGCAUCUACUUAAAAGUAUUAGUCGUCGAAAACCUGCACAUGGACACCAUCAGCAACAGCAGCAAUCACAUGGUCAGAGUUCUUCGGUCGGGGCGUGUGUGGAGGUUGGGAAAUUUGGACUUGAAGAGGAAGUUGAGAGGCUUAAAAGGGACAAGAAUGUGCUGAUGCAGGAACUCGUACGGUUAAGGCAGCAGCAGCAAGCUACUGAUAGUCAGUUGCAAGCAAUGGUUCAGCGUCUUCAGGGCAUGGAACAGCGCCAGCAACAGAUGAUGUCAUUCCUGGCUAAGGCUAUGAAUAGCCCUGGAUUUCUUGCACAGUUUAUGCAGCAGCAAAAUGAGAGUAACCGGCGCAUAUCAGAAGGCAACAAAAAACGAAGACUUACGCAGGAUGGCAUUUCAAAUGACGAUUCUGUUGGUCCGUCAGAUGGUCAGAUUGUGAAAUAUCAACCUUUGAUGAAUGAAGCAGCAAAAUCAAUGCUAAGGCAGAUCUUAAAACUAAAUUCUUCUCCUAGGCUUGAAAACUUAAACAAUAAUCCUGAUAAUUUCCUGAUUGGUGAUGCAUUGCCAUCUAAUGCAUUAGAUUGUGACAGUUCUCUGGACCAUGUUUCAGGAGUUACUCUUCAAGAGGUACCUACAACUUCUGGGCAGUCAUUCAUCUCAUCAGGUUCCACAAUNCGUCACAAGUAUCAUAUCUUGCCACACUUUUUGUAA